AUUCCUUAUUUGACAACGGUCAAUUCUCGACCAAUCACCUUCACCUACAAAAACCACUUCCCAUAUCCUCAUCAUCUUCGAUUACAAAAAUGAAUCUUCCAAAAACCUCUAUACUUUUCAUCUUAAUCGCCUGUACCUUGAACUUCCCGGCGGCCGUAGUUCACUCUAUCGGAGUAAACUACGGCACGCUCGGCGACAACCUCCCACCACCCUCCCAAGUAGCACAUUUCCUAAACUCGAACACCAACAUUAACAGCAUCAAAAUAUUUGACACAAAUCAAGAGAUAAUAAAAGCAUUUGCUAACACAAACAUAUCCGUAACAAUAACCGUACCAAAUGGGGACAUCCCAUCAUUAACUAACCCACGUAACGCAUUACGUUGGGUUAAUACAAAUGUUAAACCAUUUUACCCAACUACUAAAUUCCAUUAUAUCUGUGUGGGUACCGAGGUUCUCCACUGGGGCCCACAGGUCCUAGUGGACAACCUAGUACCAGCUAUGAAAGUGCUGCACGCAGCACUUUUAAAAGCUGGUAUUAAUGAUGUUAAAAUUUCUAGCCCGCAUUCGCUUGGGAUAUUGGAGGAGUCUAACCCGCCUAGUAAGGCUAAGUUUAGACCCGGGUGGGAUGUGGGUAAUCUUGCCCCGAUGUUGGAGUUUUUGAGGAAAACAAAAGCCGGGUUUAUGGUUAACCCGUAUACUUAUUUCGGGUAUUCUCCAGCUAAUGCUAACUAUUGUUUGUUUAAACCGAAUUCUGGAUUGUUUGAUAAGGCCACCGGAAAAAGGUACACCAACCAGUUUGAUCAACUGAUGGACGCGGUUUAUGUAUCAAUGAAGAAGCUAGGAUACCCCGACGUCGAAAUCAUUAUCGCAGAAACGGGUUGGCCAUCGGGCGGAGACCCACAAAACACCCACGCAAAUCCUUCAAAUGCCGCGGCAUAUAACGGUGGUUUAAUAAAAAGAGUCACCUCUGGUGUUGGUACGCCUUUGAUGCCGGGUCGAAAGUUUGAAACAUACAUAUUUUCGCUGUUUAAUGAGGACCUAAAAGGACCAUCUUUGGAUGAAAAGAAUUUCGGGCUUUUUCGACCCGAUUUUAGCCAAGUUUAUGACAUUGGGAUUUUACGCCAAACACAGCAAGUGCCAACAGGUCCGUCGCCAAAACCGGCAUUGCCAGCACCAACAACUAAGGGAAAAAAGUGGUGUGUGCCAAAACCAGAUGCAACCGUUGCUGCACUUCAGUCGAAUAUAGACUAUGUAUGCAGCAACGGAGCUGAUUGCAGGCCCAUUCAGGCUGGAGGGGCAUGCUUUGAGCCUAACAACGUGCGGUCUCAUGCAUCUUACAUCAUGAACGCUUAUUAUCAGACAAAUGGUCGUAAUGACUUCAAUUGUGAUUUUGCUCAUACUGGAGUCAUCACCUUCACUGAUCCAAGUAAAGGCUCGUGCAAGUAUCUGUCUUAAUUCUUAAGUGAUGGAUGAAGAUCAAGACUACUAAAACAAAGAUUUGUAUUGUGUGGUUUAGGUUGUGAAUUAUUUGACAUUUUUAGAUGUUACUAGUCUAAUCUUUAUUUUAGUUCUCAGUUCUCGUA